AUGCAUAAAAGAAAAACACUUCUGAAAAGUUCAGAAGCUGAAUCUCAUAUUCUUCGAGAUACGACAACUCUAAUGGAACAGAUUGAAAUAAAACCGAAAUUAGGAAACAACAGAGACUCUACAUGUAAAGAUAGACACAAGCGUGAAACUGUAAAUAAUACCAAAGUUUCACUUUCAUAUAACGAAUCAAAAACCUCUCAUAGAUUAAAUAUUACACCGGAACAAGCCACUGGACCGUUAACUACUUCAGAACAAGCCACUGGACCGUUAACUACUUCAGAACAAGCCACUGGACCGUUAACUACUUCAGAACAAGCCACUGGACCGUUAACUACUUCAGAACAAGCCACUGGACCGUUAACCACUUCAGAACAAGCCACUGGACCGUUAACUACUUCAGAACAAGCCACUGGACCGUUAGCCACUUCAGAACAAGCCACUGGACCGUUAACUACUUCAGAACAAGCCACUGGACCGUUAACUACUUCAGAACAAGCCACUGGACCGUUAACUACUUCAGAACAAGCCACUGGACCGUUAACUACUUCAGAACAAGCCACUGGACCGUUAACUACUUCAGAACAAGCCACUGGACCGUUAACUACUUCAGAACAAGCCACUGGACCGUUAACUACUUCAGAACAAGCCACUGGGCCGUUAACUACUUCAGAACAAGCCACUGGACCGUUAACUACUUCAGAACAAGCCACUGGGCCGUUAACUACUUCAGAACAAGCCACUGGACCGUUAACUACUUCAGAACAAGCCACUGGGCCGUUAACUACUUCAGAACAAGCCACUGGACCGUUAACUACUUCAGAACAAGCCACUGGACCGUUAACUGCUUCAGAACAAGCCACUGGGCCGUUAGCCACUUCAGAACAAGCCACUGGACCGUUAACUGCUUCAGAACAAGUCACUGGACCGUUAACUACUUCAGAACAAGCCACUGGACCGUUAACUGCUUCAGAACAAGCCACUGGGCCGUUAGCCACUUCAGAACAAGCCACUGGACCGUUAACUGCUUCAGAACAAGCCACUGGACCGUUAACUACUUCAGAACAAGCCACUGGACCGUUAGCCACUUCAGAACAAGCCACUGGACCGUUAGCCACUUCAGAACAAGCCACUGGACCGUUAACUACUUCAGAACAAGCCACUGGACCGUUAACUACUUCAGAACAAGUCACUGGACCGUUAACUACUUCAGAACAAGCCACUGGACGGUUAACUACUUCAGAACAAGCCACUGGACCGUUAACUACUUCAGAACAAGUCACUGGACCGUUAACUACUUCAGAACAAGCCACUGGACCGUUAACCACUCCAAAAUGA